GGCUGGGAAGAGCACGGAUUCCGUUCCGCCAAUAGGGAGAGCGCGAUGGGCCUAAAGACGGACCACUUCCUGGAGACCACAGGUGCGAGCCUGGGAGCCAGCGCUGCGCCCCAGCCGGACAGGGUCCUGAGGCUGGCAGGAGACAACUGGGGAACAAGCUCAAUCAGGGGUUAAGAGGAAAUUGAGUUGGACUCCUGCCUGAUCCCUCACUGUGGUAGGAUGAAUGUGGGGGUGGCACACAGCGAAGUAAACCCCAACACUCGAGUGAUGAAUAGUCGGGGCAUCUGGCUGGCCUACAUCAUCUUGGUAGGACUGCUGCAUGUGGUUCUCCUCAGCAUCCCUUUCUUCAGCAUUCCUGUUGUCUGGACCCUGACCAACGUCAUCCAUAACUUGGCAAUGUAUAUCUUCCUACAUACAGUGAAAGGAACACCCUUUGAGACCCCUGACCAAGGAAAGGCUCGGCUUUUGACACACUGGGAGCAGAUGGACUAUGGACUUCAGUUUACCUCCUCCCGAAAGUUCCUCAGCAUCUCUCCUAUUGUACUCUACCUACUGGCCAGCUUCUACACUAAGUAUGAUGCUGCUCAUUUCCUCAUCAACACUGCCUCACUGCUCAGCGUACUGCUGCCUAAGCUACCCCAGUUCCAUGGGGUUCGUCUCUUUGGAAUCAAUAAAUACUGAAAGAUGGGUUGGGAGUUCUGCAGGCAUUGAGGGAAGGCACUGGAACUAAGAGAUGGAAUGUUUUCCCUUCUCCACACUCUAUCUUCUGAUCUUGGAAGCCUGAGAGAUAAGACAAAACCUUUCUAAAUUCCAAGAAGGAAGAGAUUGGAAAGUGGAUUUCCUGGGCCCACCCUUAACAGGGUCAAGAUUCUCUGAAUCAGGAAAGGUGAAUGAAGUUAAGGUCCAUACCACCCACUCUCCUCUAUCUUACAAGAAGCCAUUGAUGUUUGGGCAGGUUUUCUGGUGAUUAUGUUUUUCCAUGUCUUUGAAACCUUCCACCUUCAAGUUCUGUUUUGAUGUAUAUUUUCCUUAAAAUAAAGUCUUCUCAGUUAUGGCUGAAAUUUGAUAAGCAAGGAUAGAGAUGUUCUCAUAAUAAUGGGGAGGAAAUAUGGAAUGCCAACUUAUUAAAAAAAUGUAAGCAAA